AUGGACCAAACCUACAAGACCACGCAGGCGACAAAGUCGCUCUACGAACAAGCGAUCCCGCCCUCAGCCCUAUCAACCUACCAAACCAUCACCGACGCCAUCCACGUCGCCCGCAGCCUGCAGAUCCACUACCUCUGGAUCGACGCCCUCUGCAUCGUCCAAGACGACCCGGCCGACGUCACCCGCGAGCUCGCCAAGAUGCGCUCCAUCUACGCCGGCGCCUACCUCACCCUCACCGCCGGCUGCACCACCUCCAGCCGCGACCCCUUCCUCGCCUCCGCCAUCCCCGCCGCCGAACACCCGGACAUCCAAAUGCGCUUCCUUUGCCAAGAUGGCACCGAAGGCUCCCUCCUCCUCCAGUCCCAGCAAAACUUCGUCUCCGAGCGCGCCGACGACCCCAUCGCCGCGCGCGGCUGGACCCUGCAGGAAGACCUGCUGUCGCCGCGCGUCCUGCACUUCGGGCCGUACAGCGUGCUGUGGCGCUGCGCGACGAUGAUCGCGACCGACCGCAGCGGCGGCGAGCCCCGGUACCUGCAGGCGGCGGCCGAGCGGCAGUCGCUGGACGUCGCGUCGCUGCGCCAGCUGAGCACGCAGACGCUGAUGCAGCGCUGGAUCGAGAUCGUGCAGGACUACGCGCGGCGCCGGCUGUCGGUGCCCGCGGACAAGCUGCCUGCGCUGGCCGGUAUCGCGGACUUGUUCGACCAGGUGUUGCCGUCGUCAUCGCCGUCGUCGUCGUCAUCGCCGCCGCGGUACCUCGCCGGCGUGUGGGCUGCGGAUCUCCAUGCGCAGCUGCUGUGGUACGUUGACGCGCCGCUGCCGCGUCCGUGGCGCUACCGCGCGCCGUCGUGGUCGUGGGCGGCGACGGAGGGGUUGGUGUCGUUUUCCGGGCGGUAUCCGGUCCAUGUGGUUAGUCGACUGGAGAUGCUGGACUGUGCCAUUGACCUCGAGGCAGAGGAGCUGCCUUUUGGUGCCGUAAGCUCGGCGGUUAUGCGAGCUGAAGGGCGGGUCAGAAAGAUUGGUUGGUCGCGGUCGUGGCGGGGGCUCGACUCGGGGUUCUUUUUUCGCUUUCGGCCGGAGUGGGAGGACCCGGAGGAUACGUUGAACGAUACUAAUCUGAUUCCUGAUAGUGCUGAGGAUAGGGAGUUGCUUGAGCGGGACACGCCGGAGAUAUGGGUUUUGGAGGUGACGACUGAGAUCAGUGAUAGCCCGUCUGGACCGAUUGUUUGUCUCAGUCAUGGACUCGCGCUUGUGCCGGCGGGUGAUUGCUUUAGGCGGAUUGGAAGGUUCAAGCACUCGCGAGUCGUCAAAACGCCAGAGUAUAUGGAGCAGAACCAGGCGGUCGAUUAUUACUCCGAGGAUUACAAUGGGCCCACGGCAUUUUGGGUAAACGAGGAUGGUGACGAAGAGGGACACUACUGGACAGAAGAGGAUAUCAAGGAAGUGCCUUGGGAAGACGAGGACUGGUUUCGAGACUGCGAGACGCAAGUCCUUAAACUCGUCUAA